AGGAUGAUUUUUCGUUGCCCCACAUCCAAAUUCUGCUAGAUAAUGUUGCCAAAAAUGCUCGGUUUUCUUUUGUUGAUGGCAACUCUAGGUAUAAUCAAAUAAAAAUGAAGGAGGAAGGCAAGCUCAAGACAACAUUCAUCACUCAGUGGGGUACCUUUUGCUACAAAGUUAUGCCUUUUGGACUCAAAAAUGCCGAGGCAACAUACCAAUGCUCUAUGAUUGCUUUAUUACAUGACUUUGUGCAUACCAUUGUUGAGCUAUAUGUUGCUGACAUGGGGAUUAUGUCCAAAGAAGAGGUGCUACAUACAGAAAAUCUCAAGGUGUUUGAAUGCCUUAAGAAAUACCAACUGAGACUCAAUCCUACCAAAUGUACUUUUGAUGUGGAUUCCGGAAAGCUACUUGGCUUCAUUGUGAGCCGUCGAGGAAUAGAGAUUAAUCCAGCCAAAAUAAAAGCAUUGAUGAAAUGCCACCACCAAAAACCCAAAAGGAAGUCUGAGGCCAUCAAAGGGCAAGCAAUUGCCAAUCAUUUAGCCGAACAUGCGGCAAAGGAUUAUGAGCCUAUUGAUUGGGACUUUCUUGAUGAGGACAUUUUGGCAGUGGAGCCAGAAUCUGAUUUAGACAAUUGGAAGCUCUUCUUUAAUGGAGCUGUUAACCAGCUUGGUUGUGGCCUUGGAGCCGUGUUGGUAUUCCCAAAGGGAAUACAUGCUGCUCUAGAUAUGAAUGUCCGAGAUUUGGAGAUAUAUGGUGAUUCAGCACUAAUCAUAUGUCAAACAAAUGGUGAUUGGCAAACCAAGGAUCCAAAACUUAUUCCUUAUCACCAAUACCUUGAAACUCUCAUCAAGAAAUUCAGAUUCAUCUCUUUAAACCAAAUGCCUCGUGCCAAGAACCAAUUUGCGGAUACUUUGGCCACUUUAGCCUCCAUGAUCCAAAUCUCCCAUGAUGAUGUAAUCAAGCCUUUAAAGAUUGAAAUUAGUCAAGAACUGACACAUUGCAUGGAAAUCAAGGUUGAUGACAAACCAUGGUUUCAUGAUAUUAAACAGUUCUUGCAAAAUAGGGAAUACCCUCUACAUGCUUUUGAGAUUUAUGCUGAUCAUAUUAAUGCUCCACCUUCAUUACUGCAUAAUAUGUCUGCUCCUUGGCCAUUCUCCAUGUGGGGCAUUGAUGUGAUUGGGGCAAUUAAUCCUGAAGCUUCCAAUGGUCAUCAAUUUAUCUUGGUUGCUAUUGAUUAUUUUACCAAAUGGAUGAAUGGUGCGAUGGAAGCUGCCAACAAGAAUAUCAAGAAGAUUUUAGCCAAAAUGACAAUUACAUAUAAAGAUUGGCAUGAAAUGUUGCCAUAUGCUCUCCAUGUUUAUAGAACCCCUGUUCGCACUUCAACUGGGGCAACCCCUUAUUCCUUGGUGUAUGGAAUGGAGGUAGUACUACCAAUUGAGCUAGAAAUUCCUUCCAUGAGAAUUUUAUCCGAGUCGGGGAUUGAAGAAGAAGACUUGAUUCAAAAAAGGAUAGAUUACCUCAACUUGCUUGAUGAGAAGAGAUUGGUAACUCUUUGUCAUGGUCAAUGCUAUCAGCAACAAAUAGUAACAGCUUACAACAAGAAAGUCAAACCUAGAGUAUUUCAUCAAGGAGAUCUCGUCUUAAGAAAGAUCAUGCCAAAUGAAAGGGACCCUAGGGGCAAAUUCGCACCGAAUUAUGAAGGGCCUUAUGUUGUUAAAGAAGCUUUCUCUAGAGGACACUCUUGUUGAGAUAUCCAGACAGAACUGAUUAUCAUCACCCAGUGAAUGUAGAUGCUAUCAAAAUGUAUUAUUGCAAAAAAAAAAAAGAGUUAGGUUGAAAACCCAAAGGGCGGCCUAACAAAUUAAACGUUUCCUU